ACUUUUCAGGCGCACUCUGGGGAAACAGGUUUUAGUAAUCCAACGAAAUAGGCAGCAAAACACCGGCGCGCCAGAGUAAGCGCGAUCAGCAAGUGAGGCACAUCGUCCCAGACGAGGGACCAGUCGAGGAUGUUCCGUGCGAUGUGAAAAGAGGCGCAAAAAUGCCGCACCCGACGCAGCAGCCGCCGCUUUCCCUCGGAGUUCCUCUCGCCUUGCACUUUUUCUGCCAGGCCGUUUGCCGCUCUUUUUACACGUUCGCCUGCACCGCCCAGCUGGAGGCGCGAGGCUGGAGCCAAAGCACAUGCGGACUCAUCUUCGGCAUCAACGAACUCGGCAUUUUGGUCGUUCUGCCACUCAGCGUGUUCUCGAUUCAGAAAUUCGGCUCCCGCCUGGCGGUGCACUAUGGAGUAUUUGUCGUCGGCGUGACGUUCAUGCUAUUGGGAUUCGCUGACAACUACGCUGGCGACGAAGCGUUCAUGUUUCUGAGUUUCAUGUUCCGGUUAGCGGCCGGGGUUUGCUCCACUCUGGCGUACAUGGCCUCGUUUACCCUCUUGCUGGCUCUGCCUCCUCGCAGGUCCACCUAUUAUCUCAGCUUUCUCGUGCCCCAUGCGUUCGGACUGAUUUGCGGAUCGCUGCUGGGCGCCUCCGCUCAAGAGGCCGCUCGAUUCGAGAUUUCCUACAUUGCGCUCGGGUUUUCCGCGAUUUGCGUGUCCUACGUUGUUCCCUGCAACCUGCCGUUGGACGCUGAUGUCGACCUUUUGGUUACAAAUCACGAGAUCCUCGCGCCUGUUCAAAAAAUUUUAACCCGGAGUUUCCGACUGCACACGGUGCGCACCGGCAGCAUUAUUGUGGCAGUCGGAAGCAUGUGCCUGAGCUACAUCAACAACACGAUUGGACCCUUCCUUCUAUCUGAGUUAAAGUUCAACCCUAUGGAAGUAUGGGCAACGUUCGCUCUGCUGUAUUGCACAGCAGUCUUAACGGCCUGCGUGGUGGGCUCGCUUUGCGACCGCGGAGCGCCGCCCUUGUUAUUCACGGCCACUGGGCUCAUCUGCAUGCUGACUGGCCUCUUUUUCAUCGGUCCAGCAGACUCGUUUGAGAUUCCCUUGAGCUGGUCCGUCGGUGUGAUGGGUGUUAUUGCCUUUGGCCUUGGAUUCGCGACGUCGUUCGUCUCAGUGUUCGCUUCGCUCAAUCAAACACUGCAAACUGAGCGUGAAUCCACUAACACGAUCUGCGGAGUCGUCACUGCUGUAUUGGUGGUCUCGCACGUGACGGGGUCACUUUUAGGAGAUGUCACAUUCGGCUUUCUCGCAGACUUGGUUGGCUUCAGCAAUUCAGCAAUUUUGGCUAUGUUUCCUAUUUUGUUUGCCCUGGCAGUGAUGACUCUUCAAGUUUGUUACGCUUCGUCAGAAAACAACUUGAUCGCCCUCUUUGAUGAAACCAAGGAUGCCGUAUCGUACGGAAGCAUUGAAGAAAGUACCGGUCAGCUUCUACCAGAAAAAGAGUCUGUGCUAUUUUGAACAAGAACCGAUCAUGAAUAAAGGAUAAAAUGAUGAUGCAUUGUAUAUGCUGCAAAUGGUAAAUAAUAUUGUAAGGGGAUAUCCGUGUGGCAUGUCGUUGCUAUACUUGAGAGCAUUGCGCAGGUGAAAAGGGGAUUAUUUGCUUAUAAAUAAAAUACGAUCUGUCUGGUGUAAGCGGCUCUCGAUUUCGGAUAAAAAAAUGUAGCCAAGGGAACUUUUGUAUACGCUUAAUCGCAAUCUGGAGCUGACAUCUGGUCAGAAACAUACUAAACUUAUGAAACAGCUUGAAAAUGCAACAGCUCAUUUCGUUUAAUAAAUUUAAUCCUUGUUUUAUUUUGUGACCAUUUAACAGGUCGAUUUGUAGUACCGAUUGCUGGUUCAAACAUUGCACCUACAAUUUUUAGAAACGCUUUUGCAUAUGAGGAGCAAAGAUGAAUAUAUUUUGGAUAUCGAAUUUAAUAAAAUCCUCAUAAUAACUUCCUACGAUUUGCAUUUUAAUUGCGCUAUGAAUUUAUAAUAAAUCUUUAUUGUCUUUUGGCAUUAUAUUAUUAUUUAUUGUCUUUUUAUAUUUCGUUAUAUCGUAUAUCAUUAAUAUAAGUUCAAGAAUUAUAGAUAAAGAAAUAAGUCUAAUAAAGCGGUUCGGUUCACUACGCAACA